AUGACAGGUAACUCUUGUCUGAACGAUUCCUCCAAAGAAGAACUGUAUUCGUGUUUUCGAGAUAAUUACUUCUUAGAAAGUAAUGGUAUCGCUACAUUUAAUGAAACUGGUAACAAUUCGGUAAAAGACGGAUUGGAGUUCCUUGGGAAAGCAAUUGAAGCUGUAAAAUGGAACCACGCAACUCUUCUGUUCCCGGACGACAAAGCUCCCAUAGCAUACAUCAUUGCCGAUUUGUUGGGGGACUUGUAUGUGCAGACGUCACAUCGUACGAUAGACCCGACCGAGGAAUUCAUAGAAUCACUAUGGCAACACAGAGAUCCAACUGUACAUGCCGUUGUCAUUGGAAACCGCUCCUUUACUGGAGCUGUGCUGGAAAAGGCAACAGCCUUUGAUAGGCAACCAGAGAACAUUCGGAGGACUGCCCUGUAUGCGAUGUCGUAUUGGAUCGUGUUCUCUAUGGAGGAGGAGUCUAUAAACAUAGAAAACAACACUGACUAUUGCUUAAAUGUAUCCAUGGACAAUGUUUUGCUAAUACAGAAAUCUGGGGAAAAAAGAUAUGCUUUGUUAGCCUUGAUGUGGCGAGAAAACAACACGAGAGAGUUUGAGGAACUUAAUAUUGACUGGGAUUGCUUUGGAAACAUAAAACUAGAUCUCUUUCCCAAUGCAAAGUUUGGCUUCAACGGGAGACAACUCCUAACCACAGCUAUCCAGUACAAGAGUUAUGUGGAGCUUGCUGAGGAGGAUGGAAACCUUGUCGUAGCAGGAGGGGUGUGUGGGGAUAUUAUACGAAUUCUCUGUAAUAAACUAAAUUUUACUUAUCGGGUAAUCCCACCAGAAGACGGGCAGUGGGGGAUUCUGAUGGAAGACGGGAACUGGACGGGGAUGAUCGGAAUGCUUCACAGAAGAGAGGUUGACAUUGCUAUGGUGCCACUAACUGUACAAGAAGAUCGUAAAAAAGUGGUGGACUUCACCAUCCCUUUCUUCUAUUCAAAUUUCGCAUUCAUGAUGCGCAUGCCCGACCCUAAGACGGUCAAAUGGAGAAUUUAUUUGGAUAUGUUCUCCACGCCUGUUUUGUAUGCCAUUUCAACUGCUCUUAUUUUGUCAAGUUUAUUACUUUAUGCAAUGGAACGAUUCAACUGGAACUGGAAUGGAAGAAAACCUGAAGAAAAAAGAGACCUCGUGGAUAUCUUCGAGUAUAUUUAUGGAGCACUAGUACUUCAAGCGGGUCACAGACUACCGUCAUCUACUAGCGGACGGGUGUUCACGUGUAUUUUCUGGGUGUCAUGUGUGUCCCUUACCGCGGUGUACUGCGGAAGUCUUGUGGCUAGCAUGGCAUUGGCUCGCAGGGAGAAAAUACACUUUCAAACUCUAGACGAACUGGUAGCACAAUCCGAGUACAAAUGGGGCUAUAUUGCGGGGACAUACUUGGAUUCCGUGCUUCGGAAAUCUAAUAUCGGGACUUAUCAGAAAAUCUACAAUGGAGCACAAGAUUUUGCCAGGGAAGACCCAGAUGUGUUAUCCAUUAGCGAUAAGGUUCACUUCCGGAAAUUGACGACGGAGAAGUACGUCUUUAUCUCGCCCGUCCCUCAUCUUCAAACUGUCAGUUUCUCGGACUGCCGGUCUUUGCUCUCUACAGAGCGGUUUGUGGAGGAUAACAGCGCGUUUGGUGUUCCAGAGGAUUCGCCUUUCAAAGAGAUAUUUUCUCUGAAACUAGCUCAAUUACAGGACAGUGGGAUAUUGGGAAGUAUUCAUCAGAAAUAUAAGCUUCAGAAUAACUGUAGUGACGUCAGUCAGUUACUAAGUCAACACACAAUCAAACCAGACGACGUACAGACAGCCUUCUUCAUUCUGAUAGCAGGGAUUCUUAUUGCUAGUGCUGUGUUGUGCUGUGAAUGUGCUCUGUCCUGGUGUAGGAUGACAGUCACAUCGAGAAACAACUCAUUAUAACGAAUUUCAAGAUUUUGUAAAUAAUGAUUAAAACAAGUCAAUGUCUGUUUCAGUUUUUGAUUUUUUAUGCCCCCGGAUCAAAAAAUCCCGGGAGUAUAUUGUUUUUGUGCUAUCUGUCUGUCUGUUGUCAACUUUAACCUAGCCAAUAACUAUUGCGCUGUCAAGGGUUAGGCUUUAAAAUAUUUGACAAGAGUGUUCAUUAUGACAAGACCUUUCCAUUGGUACAGAAAUUUUUGAUCAUGUGACCUCAACUGUGACCUUUGACUUACAUUUGAAAAACUUUAACAUUGGCCAUAACUAUUGCACUGUAGUCUACGUCCCACUCCAGAACUGUGUUACCAUCGGGGGCAUAGUGUUUCACAAACACAUUUUGUUCUUUAUGUCAUUUCUUUUGUCAAGUAUGCAUGAUUGAGAGAGUAUCCAUAUUUUUGAGAAAUAUUCAGUAAAACACUAAAUAGGUGAUCUGUCUUUUGCACCAAAAUACCAGUACUUUAUCACUGCAUACAAUCUCAUACAGAAUUGACAAGACUGAUAACUAUUUUAUGUGUAAUACUCCUAUAAAAUUGUUUGAAUGUAGCAUGAAGGUUAUUUUACAAUUGGUGAUACAUGUACUCGG